ACCUGCUUGGGUUUUUCUCCAUCCCACGCUAGCUCACGCAUCAGAAUCCAUCACAUCCCAGUUUGGGUUGUAAAGAAGGUGAGAGAGAGAGAGAGAGAGAGAGAGAAGGGAUCAGAUGGGGAGAGCUCCUUGUUGUGACAAGGCAAACGUGAAGAAAGGGCCAUGGUCUGCCGAGGAGGAUGCCAAGCUCAAGGCUUACAUGGAAGAGCAUGGAACUGGAGGAAACUGGAUUGCACUGCCUCAAAAGAUCGGUUUGAAGAGGUGUGGCAAAAGCUGCAGGCUGAGAUGGCUAAAUUAUUUAAGGCCAGACAUCAAGCAUGGUGGCUUCACAGAAGAGGAAGAUCAAAUCAUUUGUAGCCUCUAUAUAAGCAUAGGGAGCAGGUGGUCAAUAAUUGCCGCCCAGCUACCCGGCAGAACGGACAAUGAUAUCAAGAAUUACUGGAACACCAGGCUCAAGAAGAAGCUACUUGGCAAGCGAAGAGACCAGCCGCGCCGUCUCCACCCUAACCGAUCAGAUGAGGAAGUCAAUAGAAUAGGGGUGAAGAAUGAAAACCAAACCCUAAGCGCAUCGGCUCUUGAGAGAAUGCAACUCCAUAUGCAGCUUCAAGGCCCCUACAACCCUAAUAUCAACCCCUUCUCGUUCUACAACAGCCCCAUGCUAUGGCCCAAGCACCAUCCGGUACUCGGAGAUGCAAGGGUUUCCCAGAUUCAAGCUUUAUCAACUAAUCAUUUCAAUGUUGUUGCAAACCCAAUUCUACGAGGUUCAACUAUAAUAGAUGAUGCUGCGCUAACAGAGUCCAUGAAUGCAAAUAUGAUACAAGAAGAUUUGAUAGGGUUUCCUUCGUCUUCGAGCAUGGAGACCUCGAGCUCGAACUUUGAUUCCAUUACUCAAGGAGGUAUUCAAGUAGAUCUCCAAAACUUGGUCUUCAACAACUACGAUCCAUCUCUUUUAGGGAAUCAACUACUGGCAAAUGAUCAUCUUGAGGAGUUGGAGAGUUGCAAACAAAUAUAUGGAAGUGAAAGGGAGUUCGCUUCCAAUAAUUUUUGGCUUGCUUGCAAUGGAUUAACUAUCGACGAAUCAACAAUGGGAUAUCCUUCAGAUUCAGCAGCAAUGGGAACGACUCAACUUGAUUGUGUUCCACGGUAUGAAGAUUUAUAGGGAUUUAUAGCUCAAUAUUGAUUAUAUAGUUAUAAUACGAAGAAAUAGAGAUUAUAAAAUGGAUGUGGAUGUUGUUGAGAUUUUUACGUUUAAUGUAAAUGUCAUUUAUAACUUGCAUGAACAUGAUAUGGAAGAUCAGCUAAUAAAUUGUGUUACUGAUCAUGUGCUAAUCUUAGCAUGCAUGUAGAAGACUUAACACAGUUAAGACUAUUUAUUGGCUUAA